AUGGCUACGCAAAGGCAGGAUUUGGUACUUUUUUCUGAUCAGAGUGUUAUUCCUACUGUUACGGAAAAUGAUCCUCAUAGACUAUUUUUGAUCACUUCAACACAUUCUUCAGGACCUCAAUGGCUUAUUAAUGCACUUGUUGAAACACAUACUAAAGGUUCAUCGUACUCUUUGAAUGGUAAUAAGGUGGGUAAUAGCAGUAAUAGUAGUAGCAGUAAUAGUAGUAGCAGUAAUAGUAGUAGUAGUAGAAGUACAUUUAGUCAUUCCAUAACAAAUCUUAAUAAAGUCACUAUUAUUUCUUUUGUGCACAAUGAAAACCAUUAUUUAUCUAGUUUUCAAAAAUUACAAAUAAACUCAAAUCAAUAUACGGUGAUAGACUGUUUAACCGAUUUUGUUCAAAAACAAAUCCCGAAAUUCAUGAAUAAUAAAUUAGCUUUGUUGCAAUCAAUUACAGAUCAAUUGACAAAUGAUAUUCCUAAUAAUAACCACAUUGUUAUUUUGGAUCAACCUGAAUUCUUAUUGUCUUUGGUAUCUGGGUUGACUUCAAAUGAACUUUGGAAUAAUUUUAUUAAUCCCAUUUGGCAAAAGUGUAAAAUAUUGAUGAUAAACAAUAAUGUAGAUCUAUUCAAAGGUGGCAUAUUAAAUAGUACAGUAAAUAAAACCUUUACCGAAUUUCAAAGAUUUAUAACCAUAUGUUAUCAUAAAUCAACUGUUGUUUUAAAUUUAAGACCUUUAACUACUGGACAUGCUAAAGACGUGACAGGUACUUUACGUAUUACAAGGGGUGGAGUAGAUUGGUUUAAUAAUAGUAAUACCACUAUUCAUGUUGUAGAGAACGAAUAUUUAUAUUUAACUGAAAAGGAGAAUACAAAAUUAUUUUACGGUUAA